CCGAAUCACACAGAAGGCCGUCUCCCAGUGUCGUUCGCUCUACCACCGAUAGUCCUGCCGAGCAGCUGCCAGCCAAAGCAAGGCGCCAGAGUGGCCUGAAGAAUGUCUUCAAACGCUCGUGCUCUGGCGCCCGUGCAGGAAGUCCUGAUCCUCACUCCUCAGCGCUCUCACCUGCCAUUCCCCAUGAACGUCAAUGCGCCCGAUGAGACAACCCCACUCUCCGAAGCCGCCGAGUUUGACGAGAAGACUCCUGAACUGAAGAAGCGGAGGGCUACCUUGCCCAGUGUGGUGACAAACUCUGCCGAAGUCUCAGCGCUAGCUGCCGUCUGGAGUCAAUCGGGCACAAAGGUCACGGCUGCAGAGGAACAGGCCUUGAAAAGUCCCUCGCACUCGCAGAUUGGGAUCGCCUUGUCGAGUCCGAAUCAGGCUCUGCGUGUCCACCGCAAGUCGCAAAGUGCAGGCGCUUUGCGUGAUCUGGCUCGUCGCCACAACGAGCCAUUGCUAGCCCCCAAUAAUAAGACAUCCAGAGCGCCCAUGCGAAGACGGAGUGCUGAGAUCCGGUAUUGGCGAGAAAGUGUGGGAGCACGGUCCUUCAGCGUUUAUAGUGACCUCGCCCCGCGAGAAGACAUUGACGAUUCUGUUGUUGACGACGACAAGGAGAUUGAAGUCUACGAGGGUGCUGCGGCUGCUGAUAACCCGGUUGAGCAGAAAGCACGAGCCAUGGGUCCUUCACACAUCCUGGCCUUUAACUUUGGAGAUCUGGCCGAGGCCACCCCGACCGCAGCACCGGCACAUUCGUCUGAGAAUGUUGUUGACAGUCGAUCUCAGCGAUCCGUCUCUGCUCGAUCCGAGCCAACCCAACAGUAUGCUGCCCCUCGCAGCAAACCACAGACUGUCAUCAUCGCCGACGCCCCAAAAGAAAAACGCUCCUCACGCCAGCGCAGCAGCUCCACCGUCCGCGAGAACUUCUCUCGCCCGUCCUCUGUCCGUGAAGCCUCCUCCGCGGCUGCUGCCCAUGCCCAGGCUCAGAAAUCCUUUCCCCCUACAGCAGCCUCAACACCUCUACCUUCCCGUACCCCUCGCACCGCCGCUGCUCAGCAUGAUGAGAAAACUGCCGGUCACGUGCCCACCACAGUCCGGCCGUCUGAACCAUCCGCCCACGACCCGGAUUUCCCCUCUCCAGCAACCCAGUUCCACGCCAUCUACACCAUCCUUCGCCACGAACGCUCCGCGCGGAAAGUGCUAGAGAAGCAAAUCCUCGCACUAAACCGUGAAGUCUCCGACCUCCGCGCCCUGACCCUCAAAAUGUCCCGCAACAACGGCGGCGGCGCAGGCACAUAUCCGACUCCCAGCCCGGACUUGGCAAAUCACAGUGCCGACGCGUCAUCCUUUCGGCGCGAGGCCGAAGACGAGUUCCGGCAUGAAGACGAGGGUCUCGGCCAAUCGCUCGGAUACGACCACCUGGCCGCGUGGCAGGACGGCUUCGCGCCCAACGACCGCCGCCGCGAAACCGCCAUCUCGCGCUUCAGCAAGUUUGACACGGAAGACGAGGCCGAAGACGCAUCGUCCCGGGCCGACGACGAGGAGGGAGCGGAGGAGGAGGAGGAGGAGGAGGAGGAGGAGGCCAACGCCGAUGCUGACGAUGACGACAAUGAUGACGACGACGACGACGACAACGACAAUGACGCGCUCGCAAAACUCCACCGCGCAUCGGCCCAAACGCACACCACACACGAGUCCGAAGGCCUAGUCAUGAAAUCCGCGCCUGCUCGCAAGCGCACGCCGCCAACCACCAACUCUACCAAGGCUGGCAGUGUGAGCGUGAGCCAGAACUCGUCGGCGCAUAGCACGAACGUGGGCAGUCCGGACGUGUGGGAGACGCCGCUUGAAGAGGCGGUGGCGUACGGCUUUGGCUUUGGGCAUGAGGAUGGUAGUAGCGGGAAUGGCAAUGCCGGGCAUGCAGCGUCGCGUGUCGUCAGUCCUGGCCGCUCCGGUGCUGGGGAUGAGGAUAUGUUUUGAGCGGUCGAGGCGGAGAUGGUGACCAAGACGAAGAAGACUAAGAACAAGCAGAAUAUGGAACAGAAGAAGAGACAGAAGCACGAGAAGGUGC